CAUGCGCAGUCCCGACCAACAUGGCGGGCCGAGUGUCAUAAAUUUUUAUUCUUUUGCAAUUUUGUGCACCCAAGAACACGCCGUGGCGCGGCCUGGAGUGUUCCUAUGCUAGAUUUCGGCGUGCAGAGGCAGUUUUUCCGCGGAAGAUGCCCGUGCUGCUAAUGCUGUUAGUUUUCCUGCUGCAAGAUGUCCUGCUAGCCGAAGAUUGCGGGAGGUAUACGGAAGCUCUAGGUGACUUUUCGAUCCGAGCGGCGGACUUCAGCCGAAGAGGGUACAGCAAGUGUUCGGUGCAGAUCGUGGCCCCCCAGAAUCGGUCCAUCAAGUUGAGUAUAACCAGACUGAAAGGCUUCCCCCCUGUAAAUAUUACAAACCCCCUCGCUCAGUGCCUGCCCAAACUAGAAGUCCGAGAAGAGGGCUUGCUUGGUGAUGUGCGCCUUGUAUACAGCAUAUGCAAUGGACUCGAAGAAGACAGCAUUCCUUUGAAUAUACACUCUACGGAGCACCAGAUUAUCCUGGACUUUCUGUGGGACUCCUCCGCUGAUAGUAGUUUUCAAGCAAGUUACUCCUUUCAAGAUAGUACACAAGUGGAAGGGGAAAAGGACACAUUUGAAGAGCAAGUGACAUGCGCGUUCCAGUGCAGUGACAACCAAUGCCUUCCCACUAUGCAGUUGGUGUGCAACGGCAGAAAAGACUGUCAAGAUAAUUCCGAUGAAAAAGACUGCCAGAUGAACAGUGCCAGCCUAGUAGACACACAAAAUACCGAGUUUAUCCAGAUCAUCGUCAUUGUAGUAGCAGUGACCGUGACCGUCGCAGUAAUUAGCUGCAUUUUCAACCACUACAAGCGUGCAAGAAAUUCUUGGAUGGAACGCAGAAGUCAGAGAGAGCGGGUACUGUACAGCCCUCGGACGCGGAGGGAGCGUGAGCAGGAGCGGCUGGCCCGGCAGGAAUCCUUACAACGUCAGACCCUCACCAUCCAGCAGCAGCCCAGAUUCCACUUCCCCCACUCGGACAUCGACCUGCCGCCUGCCAUCCAGCUGUCUGAUGGGGAGGAGCACCCUCCCUACACCGACCAGAGACACUUACAGCUGAGAAACCCCGACCAGCAGCGCGAGUUAGAACGCGAAUCUGUGCAACCGCCCCCCAAUAGAACUAUAUUUGAUCGCCCUGACUUUCCUCUCUACGACACGGGACAAUUUCCGGGCCCUCCCAGCCACCACAGUGGGACGCACACGAGAACACAGUAUGGGAGUACAAAUUCGUCGUACGGAGACCCGCCACCGCGAUAUAGUGACGUCGUUUCCAGCCCUCAGAAGUACGAGGUCAAAAGUGGAGCUGCCGGGUCGGGAAAAGUAUGACACGAUGCGUCGCGGGCAGUAGAUGUCAUCCUCUGCUCGAUCUUCCUCCGUCAGCUUUCCACGCACGUGAUACCAAAAUCACGCUAAUGACUGUUUACGUCGAGGCUAAAAAGUGAUAGGGGUAUACAAAAAAUCCUGUCAGUCUACCAGCCAGUAUUCUUGUUUCAACUGGAAGUGCAGUGCGCUGUCUUUACGUUGGACACAGUCAUGGGCGUGUCGAAGCCACUCCAUGAUAACCAGAGUACAGUAGAUUCCAUUUUCGUCCUUUGUAUACAGCCAGCAUUCUUCCUUAUUAUGUUCCUCUCACACACAAACACAAACGCAUCCACCCCGCCCCUUAUAUACUGCUGCCUCUAUUCCUGGUGCUUUUCUUGGGUUGUAAGUUGUAUUUUUGCUGUUCGAUGGUGCUCACAAGGAAGAGUAUUGUACAUAUGGUGGAUAUGUACCCAAAGGGUAAGGCUUUUUUAAGACGACAUAUCAAGUCCCUUGGGGUAGCAAGUAGAAAGUGCUCUGUGCCAACCCUGGAGGGAUAAAUGCCUCUUCCAUCCCACCCCAGCCAAGAUGUCACUCUCCCUUACCCCGGCCAGUGUCCAAGGCGAAAAAAAAAGAGACAAAAAAAAGAAGAAGAAAAGUCAUUUUUCCCUUAUGUACUCUGAGGUAGGACUGGGAUAUUUUGUUGUGCCUGAGAAGUGUGAUUAGUAUAAUAUGGCCAACUGCAUACGUUACAUACAUAGAAUGCAUUUUGUUUCACGAACCCCUACCUUUUUCCCCCUCCUCCCCCCACCUGUCAUUGGAAACCUCUCUCUCCGACCACUUCUUUCAGAUUCCAUUACUGUGCUCGGUGAAUAAUUUGUAUCAAUGGCUCCUCCUAAAUAUCUGCCAACGCACAAAUGCAGACAGCAAUAUACGGUGUAUUUGCUGAUGCCUGGGAUGCCUGAUGUCUGUUGAAGUACUAAAGCUGCAUAGAAUAGGGACUGUAGGUUAGGCCCCACCCGUGUGCUGUUUAGGGUCGUAUCACUGCCACUGUGUAUGGUACAGUUUGUGUAAUGUUCGUACUAAGUAAAUCUGGAAGCACCUGUCCUUGUGUAAAUCAUUUCAAGGCUGCUGAAGAAAAGGUAUUAUUACCGUACCGUACGAUGACAAAAAAAAAGCUGAAUGCUUUAUAAGAGUUGCACAAGAACAGUACAGAAAUUUAGCGAGAACAUUUUUUAGAGCGGGACAUUCAGUUGGAAUGGCUGCGGAAAUGCUGUAUACCUCACACUGCCAAAUGGAAGAUUCCACCACUAUACCAAGGGGGUCUAAAAUCAAAAUUUUAAACCUCCUUGACUAUACAGACAAGCAGUAGGAAUUCUUUCCCAAUGGAGUAUACCAUUGCUGAGAAGGGGUGUUGGGUGGUGAGGGUUAUAAGGAUUGGCUUGCUUCUUGCAUUUUUUUUUUGACACUGCCAUUAGGAAAUCAAGGUAGAAACAGAUUGCUGUAAAUUAUGAUGUUAAAAGAAAAAAAGGAACAUCACACUUUCCUAUAGGGGGUACUUUCUGUGGUGGGAUGAGGGCAGCUCCCCUCAGAUUGGUUGCUAAGGAGCAAAGGUCAUGACCUGUGACCUUGAGCCUGUGCCUGAUCCUACCCACAGUAGCAAGAUGUAUCAGCUUGUAGAUGUCUUCAUUUAUUUUUUUGAAGGCAACAAGGAAAAAAUGUCUUGUACUUACGUCAAAUUGAACUGUUCGGCACAUUUAAUGACAUAAAUGUAGUACUUAUUCCAUACGGCAUCAAAUUUGACCGAAAAGGUGUUUCUUUGAAACUUAAAAAAGGAUAUUUUCACUGAUUUUGUUUGUUUAUCGAAGAGUCCCACCAACCAACCACUCACUACCCAGCAUGUCCACCUGUUAGUCAUGUAUCCUUGUGGGUAACAUUUGGCACUGUGCAAGUGUGACUGCCCGCCAUUGCCUGCUCUAUAUCCUCAGACACGCUUCUGGGUCCAGAACCAACAACAACAACCGUCGCAAACCGGUUUCAUCUGGCCCAGAAGCAAGACAGACACACAAAAGAAAAACAGAAACCUGAAACAGCAUAGUUAAACCUUUAGAUCUCGCAAUGGUGUUGUGUAUGCACAGUUGUUCUCGCUGUGAAAAGAAGAAAAAAAACGACACGCGGCCGCGCGUGUCUCUAAGCUUAUGACAAUCUAAGGGGCCUGUUGAUUAUAAAGUUGCGAACUUUGCAAUACAGCAUUGAAACUGAAGAACACAGCUCCUGCUUAUCUUGAAGAACUCGAUGUGACAAAGUAUAAUUUGCCUUAUAUGUUAUUCGAACUGAAAGAAGUGGUAUACUGAUAACGGAUGGCCAAAAUCGUCACUUUUUUACAAGAACAACCAAAAAGAAGUCUUUGAUACUCCACUUGAUCCUAGGUUAGUUUUCAUUGAAAUGUUGAAUAUCAAUUUUAUAAUGUUGAAUAUUUUAAGUGUAGUUGAAUUAGUGGAUGCUUUAUUCACCAGGAAGCUAGCUGACUCUCAACCCCGAACUGUAAGAAAAAAUUGUAGCUAAGACCUGACGACUGAGUGAAAAUAAAAAUCUUAAAAUUUUUAUGUACACUGAUGUAAAAUAUUUUGCUGAAAGCAAACACGAAGCUUGUAUAUGUCAAUUGUAUUUGUAAAAUAUAUCUGAAGUCUGAAAGGCUUUGUAGUUUAAGUAAGUGGUGUAUAUUUUUCCUUUUGUAAAAAUGCUUCCAUGAUAUAUUGUACAAUUUUUUGUCGAUAGGUGGAUCAUGUGCCUACUUCUUUCCUUUGAGCAGUUUCGGAGUUUCCUCCACUGCCACAACUCUCUCUCUCUGACUCUCUCUAACUGUCCUGUAACUUCCCUCUCCUCUCGUUUUUCUCUUUGGUGCUCCUUGUAUUUGUAUUCUGAUUAGUUCUUUACCAGUACUCUAUGGGUGUUUAAUUAGUGGUGAAGUUGUGGACCUACCUACAAAAGUAGACCAGACGUUUUCACCUAUGUAAUAGGUUACACUUACACUUCGGGGUUUUGUGUCGCACUGCGUUGAGCUCUCUAAGGUUGUUUGUUUAACAUUGUCUCAUAGGUAUAAACAAGAGGAAGACAGAUUAUACACAAAUUUUUGUUGUAUUAAUAUUUGUUUCACCGGCAUUGACGGCUCUAUAGUGUAACUAUGGCGCAAUGCCUGUUCCUAUACGAAGUCUAGCUACCACCUUUGGAGGAGUGCAGCCUUGUUGUGUUGUUGUUGUAGUCCUGGAUAUAAUACGUGGCAAGACUGUGUACACUAUAUAUCCUUGGAAACACUUGCACUGAUACAUUGGUGCCAGACAUAGACAAAACAACUGUUUAACCGACCCAAACAACGUAACACUGCCUUGAAAUACCUUUCGCGGGGCCCCCCUCCCGCAAGUACUUUUCUGGCCAACUUUCAAUAUCGAUACUUUGCCGAGUGCCAAGUUGACAAGAAACACUAACUGCCUGUUGUUUUCAGUCCAAAACAGUAGACUGAAUUAAGGUGUUCUCUAUGCCAGGGCUCGAAAUUCAUUUUUGAAAAUAUCUGCUAUGAUGUACCUAACCCAAGAAUUUAAUUGGUGCAUUUGUUUGAAUUUAUUAUACUUUAUUGUUUUAAAGAAAUAAAGUAGAAUUCCAGAAAAAUCAAAAUACAAACCUUUCUGCCUCUCUUCAGAGCUUGCAUUUGAAAUUCUAUAGCUAAGUUCAACAUUUUUAACAAGUUGAAUACAACAAAAGUUUUAUAUAAUCUGAAAUUUACUUUUGUACAAUGGUACAUUUACAAUAGUACCAAUUGUACUCAUGAACCCACGGUCAAAAAUUGGAUGCACUUAAUUUCAUAUGCAUUUUGAGCCCUGCUCCAAACGGUUUGCCACAACAAGUUCGCAUACAAAAAAUUCUCAAUGCUGCUCGAAAGUUCUUCAGGAAGGGGGACUAUAUUAGGUCUUUCAUGUACCAGUAAGGUGUUGUUUUGGGUUGGACACAUAUUGUAUGGCCUUCAAAAUGGACUGUAUCGAAGUUGCCAGGUGUGUGGCAAGUUCCAUGGACCUUUUUGCACAGCAAUAUUCACAAAAUAAUGUUUUCGUCCAAACUGUACGGACUUAAAAAUUAGGUAAAUAUCAUCACUUCUACAGGAAAGAUGGGGCAGAUUGACACUGGGUGUUGGUUCUUAUAUUAGCCAGGAUUUCAUAUUUUUCACAAUCCAGGCAUCACGUUUUUUGUUUUGUAAAAAAAAAAAGAUCAGUUCUGUAGUAACUGAAUCUGUGUAAAACACCCUCUGUUAUCUGUGAUAUUUUUCCUGUUCUAGCAGACAUUUUUUAGUGUUAAAUGGUGCUUCUUCUCGGCUGUAUCAAUGGCAGCACAUAGCCUAGGCAAUAAAAAAAACCUACCGACUGUGAUGAGCUGAGCUAUGCUAGAGACGCUCGGAGAAACCUUGCUGCCCUCCCCCAUCGGUAUACCGGACUUUUUGUCGUUGCAUAUUAUAGACGAACAUGAGACAUUGUGAGAAGCGUGCCUCGCUGACCUAAGCAUGUAUGUUGUCAGGUGCGAUUAGCCCCAACCACAGAGCAAGGACUUGGAUGUACAUGCUGAGUAAUAAAAUGGUACUAAGUUUUGUAA